AUGGCGCUGACACCAUUGCAGCUCACACCGCGUGGCCCCGGGGCCCCCCCAGCGCCCCAGCUCCUGCGGCCUUUUGUGCUCCCAGACACCUUCGGCCCCCAAGGCUCAGCCAGCCCGUGCCGACUGCCCACGCAGGAGCAGCCCUUCCCUGCAGCCUGGGCACCCCAGGCCCCCCGGGUACCACCAGCAGGUCUGCAGAGGGCUCCAUGCGGCUGCUACUUCGACCCCCGCAUCUUCCACAUCGAGUGGACGAGCACCAGCCUGCCUCCACCAGACACCGCCACACUCUGCCAUGGCACUGCUCCUCUGACGGGUGCUGCCCUGUGGGGCCCCGGGGCCUGCGGGCCCCCCCCGGCCUGGCCAGCCCCAGGCACGCCCCAGGGACUACCACAAGACCUCAUACCCAAGAAAAGUCAGAGGACAGCGGGGACCCCAGCCCCGCUGCCGCCGCCCAUGUCCAUCCCCAGCUACCAGCACAUUGAGGGGCAGCCUGCACACAUCAGUAUCUCCAGCACGGCCAGCCCCGCGGGGGCACCCCCAGGCAGCCACGUCCCCCCGGGCAGCCACGUCCCUCCCAGCCCCUCUCUUGCCCCCCACAACCAAGGCCUUGAGGACCUGGAGGGUGAUGUUGCAGUGUCCGAGGACGUGCUUCUCCAAGAGGCCCUACGGCUCUUUGAUUGUGCCCCGGACACAGUGGGGAUCAUCCAGGGGGGUCCCAGCAGCAGACCUAGGCCAGGGGACCCUGGAGACCUUGCAGUGCCCGAGGAGGUGCCUCUCCAGGAGGCCCUUCGGCUCUUUGGUUGCUGCCUGGACGCGGUGGGGGUCAGCCAGCAUAGUCCUGGCAGCGUCCUCAUGCCUGGGGACCUUGGUGGCACUGGCGGCGCAGCCAUUCCCCACUGCGACUUCGCCUCGCUCUCGCUGCCUGAGGAGCUGCUCACCGCCGACUACAGCGUCCCGGAGGCCACUGACGCCAUCCUGAGCCUCGACGCGUUCUACACCAUCGGGAUGGGGCCCCAGGAGCCGUGGUGGGAUGCGGCAAUGGACCUGCCACCGUCCCAGCCUGCCAUGCUAGAAAAGCAGGGCAAGAAGCGGGAGAAGAGCACCUUCCCAAUUCCACCGGGCAAGCGCAGGGCUCUCGACACCAGCACGGGGGAGCUCAGCCGCCUUAGGAGGAAGGAGCUGUGGUACUUGGCGCAGGACCUGCGCUGGGUCGGGCACGGCAGCACAAAUUCCAGGCAGCCAGGGCUGAGAGCAACUGCAAGUG